CCUUCCCAGUGUGUGGCGCCGCCAGUAGGGCUUGAACGUGGCUAAAGUCAAAACGUUGGCAUCAAAACUGCUGCUAUAAAUUGUUAUAAUGAGCCGUUUCGCCUCUCUUCUGCGGAGAACGUUUGGAGCAGUGAGAGAGCAUGUCGGAACAGACCAUUUUGGAAAUAAAUAUUACUACAUACCCGAGCAGAAGACAUGGACGGGGCGGGUUGUUCGGGCUAGACGGUUGGUGGAAGCCUCCAAUCCAUCAGAGUUUGAGUACAUGGAAGGACACAUUCCCUCUGAAUGGGAUGCUUGGAUUAGAGGUAGACGAAAGGAUCCACCUACUAUAGAGGAGCUGCUAAAGAACGAAUGUUACAGAGAACAAAUCAAAAUCAAAGCCAAGGAGGCUGAAGCAAAGGACAUGGCACUGCAAGCCAAAGAGUAUGAGGAGGGACUAGUUGCUCGACCUUUACAGACCCAGAUCACAGGUCAUGCUGCUGCCACGCAGUAUGGACAACCAGAUAUCAGUGAGGAUCCUGUUAGUACUGCCAAUACGUUCCAACCUGGAUCAUGGGCACCGCCCAAAAAAUAGGACCUUUCCGAACCUUACGGUCACUCAAGUGCAGGACUGUCACUUUGAAUGGUGAGUGUAUUGCUCUUUGCUGUGACUUAGAAACUGCAAACUGUCCAUCACUUAAUGAAAAGCUGGCUUUUAGAAAGUUCUUAAACAAGUACCAAACUCCAAGUCCUGUGUUAACAUGGUCAUUUUACAGCAUAUUAUAAACUUGAAGAUUAGUUACUUCCUCUGUCCAUUACCUUCAUUUGAAUGUUUUUCAUAUUUCAGUAAGAAACAGGAAUUAAGCUAUGAUUGAGAGAAGUUUGUGUUUUCUUAUGUGAUGCUACAACAAUGGUCACCAACCCUGGUCCUGGAGAUAUACUUUCCUGUGAAAUCUUGUUCAGCCACACCUGCUCCAGCUAGUUAACAUCUUCAGAAGUUCUUGAUUGGCUAAAUCAGCUGCAUUAGUGUAGGUAAGGAGGAGACUACAUGUUAGAUGUAGGUUGGAACUAAACCCUGCAGGAAAGUAGAUCUCCAGGCUAAGUGACAGUAAUGAUUAAUAGAGAAGCAAAAUCAGAUGUAUUUGCACCUUAUUUAAAAAAUAAAAACUGAAAUUGUUUAUAUA